AUGUACGCAUACAUCCAUGCACAAGCACGCUCAGAUGCAUGCACGUACGCCCAAGCAAGCGGCAUCAGUAUCAACAUCAGCGUCAGCGCAUCAGUCAACAUCAGCAUCAGUAUCAACAUCAGCGUCAGCGUCAACCAUCAGUAUCAACAUCAGCGUCAGUCAGUAUCAACAUCAGCAGCAUCAGACAUCAGCGCAUCACGUCGCAUCAGCAGCAUCAGUAUCAACAUCAUAGCAUCAGCAUCAGCAUCAGUCUCAGCAUCAGCAUCAGUCAGUCAGCAGCAUCAGUAUCAAACAUCAGCGUCAGCGCAUCAGUAUAACAUCAGCGUCAGCAUCACGUCAGCGUCCAUCAGCAUCAGUAUCACAUCAAGCGUCCAGCAUCAGUAUCAACCAACUCAGCGUCACCAUCAGUAUCAACACAGCGUCAAUCAUCAGCAUCAGUAUCAAACAUCAAGCAGCAUCAGUAUCAACCAUCAGCGUCAGCAAAAGUAUCAACAUCAGCGUCAGCAUCAGUAUCAACAUCAGCGUCCAGCAUCAUCCAACAUCAGCGUCAGCAUCAGUAUCAACAUCAGCGAUCGUAUCCAACAUCAGCGUCAGCAUCACGUAUCAAACAUCAGCAUCAGUAAGCAUAUCAACAUCAGCGCAUCAGCAUCAGUAUCAUCAGCGUCAGCAUCAGCAUCAAGCGUCAGCAUCAGCAUCAACAUCAGCCGUCAAGCAUCAGUAUCACAGCAUCAGCGUCAGCAUAAGUAUCACAUCAGCGUCAGCAUCAGUUAUCAACAUCAAGCGUCAGCAUCAGUAAUCAUCAACAUCAGCGUCAGCCAUCAGUAUCCACAUCAGCGUCAGCAUAAGUAUAAUCAACUCAGCCGUAGCAUCAGUAACAUCAACAUCAGAUCAGUAUCAACAUCAGUAUCACGUCAGUCAAGCAAUCACAUAGCUAUCAGUAUCAAACAUCAGCGUCAGCAUCAAAGUAUCAACAUCAGCAUCAGCAACAUCAGCAUUCAGUCAGUAUCAACAUCAGCGUCAGCAUCAGUAUCAAACAUCAGCCGUCAGCAUCAGUAUCAACAUCAGCGUCAAGCAAUCAGUAUCAACAGCUCCAGCAUCAAUAUCAAACAAAUCAGCAACAUCCAGCCCACAUCAGUAACAUCAGCGUCAGCAUCAAGCGUCAUCAACAUCAGCGUCCAAGCAUCAAUAACAUCAGCGUCAGCAUCACAUCAACAGCGUCAGCGCCCACCGAGCCCUCGCUCCUCCCCCUCCGCGCCGCACCGCACAAAGGCCGCGGGCGCCUAA